AUGUUUGUUCGCGACUAUGAAAAGGACAAGGAGGCCUUGCGAAAGAUCAUCCUCGGGCCCAGCUACACCGACAAGCUGAUUAAAAUUGCUCAGCGUGAGGAGGUGCUCUUUAAAAUCGACCUGAACGAAGUGGAGAAGGAAGACAGUGAACUCUGCGAUGCCAUCAUCAACAACACCAAACGGUACGUCAAGAUCUGCUGCGCCAUCGUCGACGAAAUUCUGCCUGACUUUCGCACCGGUCCGGUGCAGAACAAGGACACCUUUGAUGUUUUCAUUGAGCAUCGCCUGCAUGCUGAACAGCGACGCCGUCAGGAGACCGGCAAUGGCAUGCCGAUCAACGAGGCCAACUUUGUCUCCAAGUAUCCGCCUGAGUUGAUGCGUCGAUACGAGUUGGUCUUUGAGCCACUGGCAAUUCAGAAGCCGAUUCCUGUCCGUCAGGUAAAGGCCAAACACGUGGGAAAGUUCGUCACCGUCUCUGGAAUUGUUACUCGAACGCAGGAGGUGAAGCCUCGUGUUGUAGUGGCCACCUACACCUGUGAUUCGUGCGCUGCUGAGACUUACCAGCCGAUUGAGUCGGACAGCUUCAUGCCACUUGAACGUUGUCAGAGUGAAGAGUGCAAAGCGAAUCGCGUCACCGGGCGGCUGUAUCAGCAGAUUCGAGGCUCCAAGUUUGUCAAGUUUCAAAAGCUGCGAAUUCAAGAGCACAGCCGCGAUGUUCCCGUUGGCAACAUUCCCCGGAGCCUCGAUGUGAACUGUCGCGGCGAGCUGACCCGUCAGGCCCUUCCGGGUGAUCACGUUCACAUUUCAGGCAUCUUCCUCCCCACUCCCCACCACUCUGGCCCACGUCAGAUGAUGGGCGGACUGCUCUGCGACACCUACCUGGAAGCCCAUCGUAUUGUCAUCACCAACAAGUCUGACGAGCUGGAGGAGGACGAGAUGACUGACGAGGAGUUUGUGGAGUACAUUCAACGCGAGAACAUCAGCAUCGAUCGUUUAGCGAACAGUAUUGCGCCCGAAAUUUACGGGCACAUUGACUUGAAGAAGGCGCUCUUGCUUUUGCUCGUUGGCGGCGUUGACCGCAACACCAAUGGCAUGAAGAUCCGCGGUGCUAUCAACAUUUGCCUGAUGGGCGAUCCGGGAGUUGCCAAGUCGCAGCUGCUUGGUUUUAUCGACCGCAUUGCACCUCGAAGUCAGUACACAACUGGUCGAGGCUCGUCGGGUGUUGGUUUGACUGCCGCCGUCCUGAAGGAUCCCAUCACUGGGGAGUUUGUUCUUGAAGGUGGAGCACUGGUGCUCGCCGAUCAGGGCAUCUGCUGCAUUGACGAGUUUGACAAGAUGUUCGAAGGCGAUCGAACUGCUAUUCACGAGGUCAUGGAGCAGCAGACCAUUUCCAUUGCCAAGGCUGGCAUCAUGACAACGCUAAACGCUCGGGUCUCCAUUCUCGCAGCCGCUAACCCUGUCUACGGCCGCUACAAUCCCAAGAAAUCUAUUGAGCAAAACAUUCAACUUCCUGCGGCUCUGUUGUCUCGUUUCGAUCUUUUGUGGUUGAUCACCGACCAGCCGAAUCGUGAUAACGACCUAAAGUUGGCUCAGCACAUCACCUAUGUCCAUCAGAACUGCUGCGAGCCACCGCUGGAAUUUGAGCCAUUGUCCAUUAAGACUAUUCGCCGAUUCAUAAAGAUGGCUAAGAAGUUUAAUCCAGUGGUUCCUGAUCACCUCACCGAGGACAUGGUGGCAGCGUACAUCAACAUGCGAAACGAUGCUCGUAAUAACAAGAACACAACCUUCACUUCGGCUCGUACUCUGCUCGGCAUUCUCCGUAUGGCCACUGCUUUGGCCAGACUUCGCCUCGCCAACGUCGUAGAGCGUGGCGAUGUUAACGAAGCCAUUCGGCUGAUUGAAGUCUCCAAGUCGUCCAUCAGCACUGACAAAGGAACUCAACAUGCUGUCUCUAACAAUGAAAAGAUUUACCAGGUUAUUUUUGGCAUUAGUAAGAGUACCAAGAACCGAGAGGUGGACAUGGUGUAUGCAGUUGACCAGUGUCUCCUUCGCGGCUACACCAACGAUGAAAUUGAAGAAGCCAUUGAAGAGUUUGAAAUGAACAACAUGUGGCACGUCAACUCGGCUCGCACCAAAAUUAUUAUUGUCUAA